ACUUCCGACGUCACAAAACAGGAAACAACAGUACCGCUGUCAUGUGAAGCAGGACAGACAGAUCUUGAAAAACCUUUAGAAAACAUGACUUGUAUUCACUUCUUCUGCGUUUUGACAGUUUUUGUCAAUGCCGUAUUUUCUGACAAUUUCGGGACACAAAUUAAAACAAAUGAACGACCGAUAAUCGGUGUUCUUACGCAGGAGUUUUAUGAUCCACAGCCGGGUAGAAACUCUUACAUUGCGGCCUCUUACGUGAAGUUCCUUGAGUCUGCAGGCGCUCGAGUGGUGCCUGUCAUGAUCAAUAAGUCUGAAGAGGAAUACACACAACUCUUUAAAUCCAUUAAUGGUGUUUUGUUUCCAGGUGGUGGAGUGAGUAUAGAGUCGUCUGGUUAUUCCAGAGCUGCUGCUGCUUUCUACAGACUUGCCCUUGAGGCAAACUCAAAGGGGGAUUAUUUCCCUAUAUGGGGGACGUGUUUAGGAUUCGAGCAGCUCACGCUGUUAACCAGCGGUCAGUUAUUAUUGUCUCACACUAACACCCGUAAUGUUACCCUGCCACUCAACUUCACUGACGACAUCAAAGACAGUCGACUAUUUAAAGACUUUCCUGAUGAUCUCAUGAAAUCAUUGAGAUCAGAAUCACUCACAGAAAACUCACACCAGUGGAGUCUCACAACAGAGAACUUUACCAAGACUGAGACACUGAAGAAGUUCUACAGAGUUUUAAGUACCAACACAGACGGACAAAACGAGUUUGUGUCUACAAUGGAAGCGUAUGAUUUUCCCAUCUAUGCCACCCAGUGGCACCCGGAGAAGAACGCCUUUGAGUGGACUCGACCCUAUAUUGCCCACACACCUUCAGCUGUUAAAACCACUUUCUACACAGCUCAGUUUUUUGUGAAUGAAGCAAGGAAAAGUUUUCAUAGUUUUGUCAGUACAGAGGAAGAACAGAAGGCGUUGAUCUACAACUACAAUCCUGUCUACACCGGACCCAAAAGUGCCUUCGAACAAAUAUACUUUUUUGAUUAAUUUAUUAAACAUGUACUGUAAUAUAUCCAUACCUGUCUAUAAAGUGAUUUUACUGUCUAUACUGUGCAUAAAGUCAUUUUAAUGUUAAUUUAAAAUAAGUUUACAACCUGUGAUGUGUGACACUCUACAAUAAACAUUUAAGAGUGGA